AUGGCCGCCUUGGGGACACUUUUUGUUUGCGAACCAGGCGCCGUGGAGAAAGGCGAAAUGCUUUGGAGAUUGGGACACACGGCAGUUGCUACAUCCUGGCAAACCUUGAUUGAGAUCAGAGGAAUGUGGGAUGCUUGCGAUGGAAUUCAACUCGUCUUGACCGCCCUCCUUGGCCAGACCUACGCAUUAUUAUCAAGCAAUGUCGAUAUCCGAACAACUGCAUCGGUUUUUCAUGGACUGGGGUUUUAUUGGGCAAGAACAUCGGGCAUGUACACUGUUCCCGAUGUUGUGUCUGAAAGGAUGCCGAGUCUUGAGUCACCAGAUGCGGAAAAAAACGCAGCUUGGCGAAGCUGGGCCGCUACGGAAGUUCAACGUCGAGCAAUUUUGGGUCACUAUGUUCUUGAUGGCUUGAUAUCACAAGCAUCUGGCUCCCCAGCUAGUGCACGGCACCUGAUUAAUAGUCUCGAGACCACCUAUUCGGAGGCUGUCUUCGCUGCGGAAACCGCCGACGAAUGGAUAUCUGAAAUGACACGGUCGAUGUCAGCCCGAAUACCCAUAUCCAAGGCAUUCGCUCGUGUAUUCUCCUCUGGGUAUACUUCAAUGCCAUUGCAGCUAUCGCAAUUCUCAAUCUCUGUCAUUAUUGAGGGACUUCAGGCUCUGAUUUCUGAUCUUCACGAAGCUCGAGGAGAAGUCUUUGGCGCUAUUUCUAAACAACAAAUCAUCCGAGCCUUGCUCAACAUCUUUGAGGGUAACAUUGCAUUGCUUUCACCAUCUCCGAGUAUCCACUAUCUGCAGAUCGUCAUCAGGUGGCAUUGUGUCUUUAUUGAAAUGACGGCACCUUCGAUCUCAGUCUAUCGAUGGCUCUGCAAUCGAUACCAGUUACCUCAGAUGCUUGGUGGAAUCCACGCCAAAGGCAGUGCUGAUCCUCUUGAUCUGACCCACUGGACUCGACAAGCAGAUUGCUUCCGCGCUGCUCUACAUGCAACAGCAAUCACCCGUCUCUUGAACGACCUUCCCCUUAGCCAAGCUUACACGAUGCAUAUUCCCACUGCUGUGUUUACAUCUGCGAUGGUCAUGGUUACUAUCUGUCUGUUAAGUCAAAGCGUGAUCAGAAUCCCUGCACAAUACAACUGGGUAGAUGUUUGGUCUCGUCGGCUGACUGAAAAUGGGGAUCAAGAUUCUUCAUUCCAGAAUGCAAGCAGGGAAGAUCUUUUACAAGAGCUGACCCAAGAUGGAAGUCAUACUGUGGUAUCUAUCAAUCUGUUGGAAGAGAUCAAUUCUCUGCAAAUCAUUCUGAGAACGGUUGCAUCGAAAUGGGGCAUCUCAGCUCAGAUGGAGGACAUCAUAGGACGUCUAGCAACACUCGCCCGUGAGCGUCAAGAUCCAGCGACGUGA